AUGGCCGCCUUGGCAGUCAUGACGAACCGGUUUACUCCACCAGAAAUCGUCUUAGGGGUGCCAUCAACUACAGGUCUCGAAUUUCGAACCAGAAUCUCUUCUCAUUCACGUUUUUUGAAAGACGCAGAGGAAUUUGCUGAACAAGAAGCUCCCCAGCUCAAUGAACUCCCUUGAAUCGGCAUCAUAGAGACACCAUUAUCUCUGGAGCAGCCAACGUCACGUAUAUAUGCGCGGCCCAAUCUACAGACACUUAGAGAAGAGUCUCGUGAAAAGUUGCCAUCAAGGAAUGAUGCCCACGAUUUGGACUGA